UGAAGACGUUUUUUGUGACCCUGAAUACAAUCCCUUUGUUGUACGACACAAAUAAACAACACGGAGGAGAGAGGUGUGGCCACUGGCCACGGCUGGAGCCAAAAUGGCAACGACCGGACGCCAGUUUCACUCUAAGCACUGAUUCAUCUGAACAGCUAGUUAGCUAACUAGCUACCUCAGCAGCAACGCGGAACUACCACAGAGCCGGGAGACAGCUGAAUAUGGCAGAACAUGAGCCAAACGAAGGAGAGCAGGACCUUACAAAGAAAAUCGAGGAGACCAGACAGAGGUUCAAGAAUGAGUUGAUCCAAGAUUCAACAGAUAAAUAUGACUCCAGGGAUGUAGAGAGGCUUCAGAAAGAUGACGAUCUGGUGGAGGGCUACCUAACUUGGAGGCUUUAUGUUGUCGAUGAUACCUUGAAAAUGAUUGAUGAAAGUUUUCAAUGGAGAAAAGAAUUUGGUGUGAAUGAUCUUAAUGAGAGCAUCAUUCCCAAGUGGAUGUUUGAGACUGGUGCCGUCUACCUCCAUGGCUAUGACAAAGAGGGCAACAAACUCUUCUGGUUUAAGGUGAAGCUACACAUCAAGGAUGCAAAAACCGUUGUGGAUAAGAAGAAGUAUAUUGCCUUCUGGUUGGAGCGAUAUGCAAAGAAAGAACCAGGGAUGCCACUCACUGUUGUGUUUGACAUGGCAGAGUCUGGUAUCAGCAAUAUAGACAUGGACUUUGUGAAGUAUAUCAUUAAUUGCUUCAAAGUAUAUUAUCCUAAGUUUUUAUCCAAAAUGAUCAUAGUGGAUAUGCCUUGGAUCAUGAAUGCUGCGUGGAAAAUUGUGAGGUCGUGGUUGGGCCCAGAGGCAAUCAGCAAGCUCAAGUUUGCAUCCAAGGCUGAAAUUCAGACGUUCAUUGGUCCUGAGUACCUGCCACCUCACAUGGGUGGAACGGACCCCUUCAAGUAUAGCUACCCACCUCUUCCUGAUGAUGACUUCCAAACUCCCACCAAUGAAAAUGGACCUAUAGGUAGCGAGGACGAGACGGAGAGUAAAGAGGGAGAAAUGGAAAGCAAAGAUGCCCUGGAAUCCAGCUUCAGCUCUGAGAUUGUGGCAAAACCCAAAAAGGUGAAUUUCCUGGAAGACAGUUUAGGGGCGGAGGACAAUGAUAGAGCAGACUUGAAUGUCAGGGUCAAAGGAGCCAGGAAGCCACUGACCACCUUCAAAGGCCCUCUGCUAGAUGUAAGCCCUGCUGAAGAGCUCAGCUUUGGUUCUGGAGAACUGGAGAAGAAAUGCCUCAUUAUCCUGACCAAUGUGACCAAAAAUCAGGUGGCCUUUAAGGUCCGGACCACAGCACCUGAGAAGUACAGAGUGAAGCCCAGCAGCAGCAGCUGUGAACCAGGAGCUUCAGUGGAUAUAGUGGUGUCCUUACAUGGAGGUUCCCAGGCCUCUCCACAGGACAGGUUUUUGGUUAUGGCUGCAGAGAUGGACAGUGUUGGAACACAAGAACUUGCACAGUUCUGGAAAGAAGUACCAAAGAACAAGGUCAUGGAACACAGAUUGCGCUGUCACGCUCUGGAUAGUGUUAAACCGGCAGUGAACCCUCUCAGGGAAAGUCCUAUGGACGCAGCAACCAGUGGACAGCAGGAGUUAAACACAGCGCUUAUGCGAGUGAUGGCCUGCAACUCACGGCUGGAACUGAAGCUGAAUACAUGUCUGUGGAUGCAGAAGGUCCUCGCUGGGUUGGUGCUGGUCCUCGUGGUGCUAAACCUGCUGUGCCUCCACCUGCUGGGUACGGCUCAGCGGCCAUCUUGACCUGCCCCAGCAUCCUCUGCCUGCAUCUGUCAACCCUGCGUAUGCUGACGGUUCCAGCUGGGCCACACUUGACCACCUGGGGGACGGUCAUCCUGAGCUCCCCGCCCUUCCCACAGGCAGCUGUCGUGGAGAGGAGCAGGGCUGACUUUAAGGACAUGUUAGCCAAUGUGGAGUUAAUAUGAAAAGAGAUUGUAGUUGUCUCUUUUCUGGCACUUGACAUUUAAAAUAACAGAGAAUUUAAGCUGUAACAUCAAAUCUGUGAUUUUUUUUUUGUUGGUUUGUUUUUUUUUAAGACCAGUCACGAAAAGAAAUUAUUUAAAUUAAUAAAAGCUAUCGCAAAAGUCACAAUUUGUUUUGAAAUAUAAGCUACUUUGAAAAUAUUGUAUAAUUUUUAUAUAAUAUAAAUCUGCAGUAGUGUAAAUAAACA